GUGAUGAACACUCACUGAUUUCGUGUAAUUUCCAAAGAGAAAGUAUUCUUUCAGUUUUAUUAUUGCCCUUCAAUUCUCAUAACGGAUAUUAUCCUGCCAGGACAAACUUCCGAUAAUCAUGCUCUAAACGACUCCAUACUUUUGUUACAUCGAAGGUAAAAAUCUCCAGCUAGGAUGUCAAUUCCGCCAUACCUGCUGGGUCCGAACCCUUGGGCCACUAUGAUGGCCCAGCAACAGGCUCAUGCACAAUUGGCUGCUGCUCAGGCUCAUGCUCAGGCAGCCGCACAUGCUCAAGCUGCUCAUCAUGCUCACAUGCAUGCCAUAGCGGGCCCGCCAUUGCCACAAAUGCCCAGACAACCUGAAGAGCUCACGGAGACGCAGCUACAAGAGAAAGCUCAACAAUGGCAGCAAUUACAAAACAAGCGUUUCGCCGAAAAAAGGAAAUUCGGUUUUGUGGAUGCUCAGAAAGAGGAUAUGCCACCCGAGCAUUUACGAAAAAUUAUACGCGAUCAUGGUGACAUGAGCAGUCGAAAAUAUCGACACGACAAACGAGUUUAUCUUGGAGCUUUGAAGUACAUGCCGCACGCGGUAAUGAAACUACUGGAGAACAUGCCGAUGCCUUGGGAACAAAUACGCGAUGUAAAAGUUCUUUAUCACAUAACCGGUGCGAUCACCUUCGUCAAUGAAAUCCCAUGGGUCAUUGAGCCUGUGUACAUUGCCCAAUGGGGGACGAUGUGGAUAAUGAUGAGACGAGAAAAACGUGAUCGUCGACAUUUCAAACGAAUGAGAUUUCCACCUUUUGAUGACGAGGAGCCCCCUCUCGAUUAUGCCGACAACGUCCUCGACGUUGAACCACUCGAAGCUAUACAGAUUGAACUCGAUCCUGAAGAGGAUGAAUCUGUUGCCACGUGGUUCUACGAGCAUAAACCUCUUGUCGGAACAAAGCACGUCAAUGGAUCAACGUAUCGACGAUGGAAUUUGACGCUCCCGCAAAUGGCAACACUGUAUCGUCUCGCGAAUCAACUACUUACCGAUCUUGUCGAUCAAAAUUUCUUUUAUCUUUUCGAUCCAAAGUCAUUUUUCACCGCAAAGGCAUUGAACAUGGCAAUUCCAGGAGGUCCCAAAUUUGAACCUCUCGUCAAAGAUUCCAACGCCGCUGAUGAAGACUGGAACGAGUUUAAUGACAUCAAUAAAAUCAUUAUCCGACAACCCAUAAGAACCGAAUACAGAAUUGCUUUUCCGUAUCUUUACAACAACAUGCCACAUUUUGUUCAUCUUUCGUGGUACCACGCUCCAAACGUCGUCUACAUAAAAACUGAGGAUCCUGAUUUACCGGCGUUUUACUUCGAUCCUCUAAUUAAUCCAAUAUCUCACAGAAAUUCCCUCAAGACGAUGGAACCUCAAAUAGAGGAAGAUGAGGAUUUUGUAUUGCCCGAGGAAGUGCAACCUUUUCUUCAAGAAACUCCUCUGUACACGGACAACACAGCGAACGGAAUAUCGUUGCUAUGGGCGCCGCGUCCUUACAAUACACGUUCAGGACGAACAAGAAGAGCGAUUGAUAUUCCAUUGGUAAAGUCGUGGUAUCGCGAGCACUGUCCACCGGGUCAACCAGUUAAAGUUCGCGUCAGUUAUCAAAAGCUCUUAAAGUAUUACGUGUUGAAUGCUCUUAAGCACCGAAAACCGAAGCCUCAGAAGAAGCGUUAUCUCUUCCGUUCGUUCAAAUCAACGAAAUUCUUUCAAACGACAACGAUCGAUUGGGUGGAGGCAGGUUUGCAAGUUUGUCGUCAAGGUUACAACAUGUUGAAUCUCCUGAUUCAUCGUAAGAAUUUGAAUUAUCUUCAUUUGGAUUACAACUUUAAUUUGAAACCAGUGAAAACUUUGACGACGAAAGAGCGCAAAAAGUCACGAUUCGGUAACGCUUUUCAUCUGUGUCGUGAGAUCUUACGAUUAACUAAAUUGAUAAUAGAUUCGCAUGUGCAGUAUCGCUUGAACAACGUGGACGCUUUUCAAUUGGCUGAUGGGCUUCAGUACAUAUUUGCUCAUGUGGGUCAGCUCACGGGCAUGUAUCGUUACAAGUACAAACUUAUGAGACAAAUAAGAAUGUGCAAAGACUUGAAACACUUGAUUUAUUAUCGCUUCAACACGGGACACGUUGGAAAAGGUCCUGGUUGUGGUUUCUGGGCUCCGGGUUGGCGAGUGUGGCUUUUCUUCAUGCGCGGAAUAACUCCGCUGCUUGAGAGGUGGCUCGGUAAUUUAUUGUCGAGACAGUUCGAAGGUCGUCACUCGAAAGGUGUCGCUAAAACUGUGACGAAACAGCGUGUAGAAUCGCACUUUGAUCUCGAGCUAAGAGCUUCGGUGAUGCACGAUAUAGUUGACAUGAUGCCUGAGGGUAUCAAGCAAAACAAGGCGCGCACGAUAUUGCAGCAUUUGAGCGAAGCUUGGCGUUGCUGGAAAGCGAAUAUUCCAUGGAAAGUUCCGGGACUCCCAAUACCAAUUGAAAACAUGAUUUUGCGUUACGUCAAAAUGAAAUCGGAUUGGUGGACGAACACGGCUCAUUAUAAUCGCGAGAGAAUACGUCGUGGAGCAACGGUCGACAAAACAGUAUGCAAGAAGAACCUUGGCCGUUUGACGAGAUUGUACCUGAAAGCCGAGCAAGAACGACAACACAAUUACCUCAAAGACGGACCUUACAUUUCGCCCGAGGAGGCUGUAGCUAUUUACACGACGACUGUACAUUGGCUCGAAUCACGUAGAUUCGCUCCGAUCCCAUUCCCACCUCUCUCGUACAAACACGAUACAAAAUUGCUGAUUCUCGCCCUUGAGAGACUCAAGGAAGCUUACAGCGUGAAAUCUCGUUUGAACCAGAGUCAGCGAGAGGAAUUGGGCUUGAUAGAACAGGCCUAUGACAAUCCUCACGAAGCACUUUCUCGCAUAAAACGUCAUUUGCUGACACAGCGAGCUUUCAAAGAAGUUGGAAUUGAAUUUAUGGACCUGUACAGUCAUCUCAUCCCGGUAUACGACGUGGAACCCCUCGAAAAAAUCACCGACGCUUAUCUCGAUCAAUAUCUUUGGUACGAGGCUGACAAACGAAGACUUUUCCCAGCGUGGGUCAAACCUUCCGACACCGAACCGCCUCCUCUUCUCGUAUAUAAAUGGUGCCAGGGUGUCAACAAUCUUCAGGACGUUUGGGACGUUAGCGAAGGCGAAUGUGACGUACUGCUCGAAUCGAAAUUCGAAAAACUCUACGAAAAAAUUGAUCUGACCAUUCUCAAUCGCCUGUUGCGAUUGAUCGUCGAUCAUAACAUCGCUGAUUACAUGACAGCGAAGAACAACGUAGUUAUUAAUUACAAAGAUAUGAAUCACACCAACAGCUACGGUAUCAUUCGUGGACUUCAGUUCGCUUCUUUCAUCGCACAAUAUUACGGACUUGUGUUGGAUCUUCUCGUCCUCGGCUUACAAAGAGCCAGUGAAAUGGCAGGGCCUCCGCAAAUGCCGAACGACUUUUUGACCUUCCAGGAUGUCGCUUCCGAGACCGCUCAUCCGAUUCGUCUCUAUUGUCGUUACGUCGACAGGAUUCAUCUGUUCUUGCGUUUUACCGCUGAAGAAGCUCGCGAUUUGAUACAGCGCUAUCUCACCGAACAUCCCGAUCCGAACAACGAAAAUAUCGUCGGUUACAACAACAAGAAAUGUUGGCCGCGCGACGCCCGUAUGAGGCUCAUGAAGCACGACGUGAAUCUGGGUCGCGCCGUAUUUUGGGAUAUUAAAAAUCGUCUGCCACGAUCGGCAACGACCAUUCAAUGGGAAAACAGUUUCGUCAGUGUUUACAGCAAAGACAAUCCCAAUUUGCUCUUCAACAUGAGCGGCUUCGAGUGUCGCAUUUUACCAAAAUGCCGAACUACCCACGAGGAAUUUACUCAUCGCGACGGCGUUUGGAACUUACAAAACGAAGUUACCAAAGAAAGAACCGCUCAAUGUUUCCUCCGCGUCGACGACGAGAGUCUCCAGAGAUUCCACAAUCGCGUACGACAGAUUCUCAUGGCCUCGGGCUCGACUACCUUCACUAAAAUCGUCAACAAAUGGAACACGGCUCUCAUCGGCCUCAUGACCUACUUCCGCGAGGCCGUUGUCAACACCCAAGAGCUUUUGGACCUUCUUGUCAAGUGCGAGAACAAAAUCCAGACCCGUAUCAAAAUUGGCCUCAACUCGAAAAUGCCUUCGAGAUUUCCUCCCGUGGUGUUUUAUACGCCCAAAGAAUUGGGAGGCUUGGGAAUGUUGUCCAUGGGACACGUGCUCAUUCCUCAGUCCGAUUUACGCUGGUCGAAACAAACUGAUGUCGGAAUAACGCAUUUCCGGUCAGGUAUGAGCCACGACGAGGAUCAGCUAAUUCCCAAUCUCUACCGUUACAUUCAACCUUGGGAAUCGGAAUUCAUCGAUUCUCAGCGCGUCUGGGCGGAAUACGCUCUCAAGAGGCAAGAAGCAAACGCCCAGAAUCGACGAUUGACACUCGAGGAUCUCGAGGACAGUUGGGAUCGUGGAAUACCUCGGAUAAACACACUCUUCCAAAAGGACCGUCACACCCUCGCUUACGACAAAGGUUGGCGCAUCAGAACCGAAUUCAAGCAGUAUCAAGUACUCAAACAAAAUCCAUUCUGGUGGACCCACCAACGUCACGAUGGCAAACUUUGGAAUCUCAAUAAUUAUCGUACCGACAUGAUUCAAGCACUCGGCGGUGUCGAGGGUAUCCUCGAGCACACGCUCUUCAAAGGAACUUAUUUCCCAACGUGGGAAGGUCUCUUCUGGGAAAAAGCUUCAGGUUUCGAGGAAUCGAUGAAGUACAAAAAACUUACAAACGCCCAAAGAUCGGGUUUGAAUCAAAUUCCAAAUCGUCGUUUUACACUGUGGUGGUCACCGACGAUAAAUCGUGCCAAUGUUUACGUCGGUUUCCAAGUCCAGCUUGAUUUAACCGGAAUUUUCAUGCACGGCAAGAUUCCUACUUUGAAGAUUUCCCUCAUUCAAAUAUUCCGAGCUCACUUGUGGCAAAAAGUACACGAAUCGAUAGUGAUGGAUCUCUGCCAAGUUUUCGAUCAAGAACUCGAUGCUCUGGAGAUCGAGACGGUGCAGAAAGAAACUAUUCAUCCAAGAAAAUCUUACAAAAUGAAUUCUUCGUGCGCCGAUAUUUUGUUGUUCUCUGCGUACAAGUGGAACGUUUCGAGGCCGUCGUUGCUCGCCGAUUCCAAAGACCUCAUGGACAAUACGACAACACAAAAAUACUGGAUCGAUGUACAGUUGAGAUGGGGCGAUUAUGAUUCCCACGAUAUCGAGCGUUACGCGAGAGCCAAAUUUUUGGAUUAUACGACCGAUAACAUGUCGAUUUAUCCAUCACCAACCGGCCUCCUGAUCGCCAUCGAUCUUGCUUACAAUCUCCACAGCGCCUACGGCAACUGGUUCCCCGGUUGCAAGCCUCUCAUUCAGCAAGCGAUGGCUAAAAUCAUGAAGGCCAAUCCGGCUCUUUACGUAUUGCGAGAACGCAUAAGAAAAGCUUUGCAAUUAUAUUCAUCCGAACCAACGGAGCCUUAUCUGUCGUCACAAAACUACGGAGAAUUGUUCUCCAAUCAGAUCAUUUGGUUCGUGGACGAUACGAACGUUUAUCGUGUCACGAUACACAAGACUUUCGAGGGUAAUUUAACAACGAAACCGAUAAACGGAGCUAUUUUCAUCUUCAAUCCGCGCACAGGACAACUCUUCCUUAAAAUUAUUCAUACUUCGGUCUGGGCCGGACAAAAGCGUUUGGGACAAUUGGCCAAAUGGAAAACCGCCGAGGAAGUCGCAGCUUUGAUCAGAUCGUUACCGGUCGAGGAACAACCCAAACAAAUCAUUGUCACGAGGAAAGGAAUGUUGGAUCCCCUCGAAGUGCAUCUUCUCGAUUUCCCCAACAUCGUUAUCAAAGGGUCAGAGUUGCAAUUGCCUUUCCAGGCUUGUCUCAAAGUCGAGAAAUUCGGUGACUUGAUUCUAAAAGCAACGGAGCCCCAAAUGGUUCUUUUCAAUCUCUACGACGAUUGGCUCAAAACCAUUUCUUCUUACACCGCUUUCUCGCGUUUGAUUUUGAUACUGAGAGCACUUCACGUCAACACCGAACGAACUAAAGUCGUUUUGAAACCGGACAGAACAACCAUCACCGAGCCACAUCAUAUUUGGCCAACUUUGACCGAUGACGAAUGGAUCAAAGUUGAAGUACAACUCAAAGAUUUGAUCCUCGCUGACUACGGAAAGAAAAACAAUGUCAACGUCGCUUCGCUCACUCAAUCCGAAAUUCGUGAUAUUAUUUUGGGCAUGGAGAUCAGCGCUCCUUCUGCUCAGCGUCAACAGAUUGCUGAAAUCGAAAAACAAACCAAGGAACAAUCACAACUCACCGCUACCACCACCAGAACCGUUAACAAACACGGUGACGAAAUAAUCACCGCUACAACCUCGAAUUACGAGACUCAAACUUUCAGCUCGAAAACCGAAUGGCGAGUUCGGGCUAUUUCGGCUACUAAUCUUCAUCUUCGUACUAAUCACAUUUACGUGUCGUCCGACGAUAUCAAAGAAACUGGAUACACGUACAUUUUGCCGAAAAAUAUACUCAAAAAAUUUGUCACCAUUUCGGAUCUUCGAGCUCAGAUCGCUGGAUAUCUUUACGGCAUCAGUCCACCGGAUAAUCCUCAAGUGAAAGAAAUUCGGUGUAUCGUAAUGGCGCCGCAAUGGGGAACGCAUCAAACUGUUCAUCUUCCUGCAUCCUUGCCGAAUCAUCAAUACCUUAAAGAAAUGGAACCACUGGGUUGGAUUCACACUCAACCAAAUGAGUUGCCGCAGUUAUCACCUCAGGACAUUUCGACUCACGCAAGAGUCAUGGCAGAAAAUCCGGUCUGGGACGGCGAAAAAACCAUUGUCAUAACUUGCAGUUUUACUCCGGGUUCAUGCUCAUUGACAGCUUACAAACUCACGCCAAGUGGUUUCGAGUGGGGAAAACAAAAUACCGAUAAAGGCAACAAUCCAAAGGGAUAUUUGCCGAGUCAUUACGAAAAAGUUCAAAUGCUCUUGUCGGAUCGAUUCCUUGGCUUCUUCAUGGUACCGAGUCAAGGAUCAUGGAAUUACAACUUCAUGGGUGUGAGACAUGAUCCAACGAUGAAAUACGAGUUGCAACUGGCGAAUCCAAAGGAAUUUUAUCACGAAGUACAUCGACCUGCUCAUUUCUUAAAUUUCUCAAGUCUCGAGGACGCCGACGGCGUUGGGGCUGAUCGAGAAGACAUGUAUGCUUAGAAAGCAUAUUGAAAUAGGAAUUGUACAAACCUCGAAACAAUAACUGGAAAAAACAAGUGCUAGGUUUUAGGAUUUUUUAAGCCUAGAUAAUUACGAAUGAAACAUAAGUUAAGGGAUGUAUAAAUGGUUUUUCGAAUUAAUUGUCCGGAAAAGUGAGUAUGUUGUAAUACAUAAACGUUCAUCAUGAAUUUACAUGUGUUGAUUGUUGAUCAGCGGAUCAAACGAGAAAUACAAAAUAAUAAAUAUACAGAAAAUUA